AUUUGGGCUUUUUAGGAGCAGUGACAUCGUGGAUCAUCGCCCCGCUCUUUGCGGACGUUGUUUUAUUGAGAUACAGGCACGUUUGUAGUUGAUAUUAAGACGGGAAAAUAUUAAUUCCACUUUAAUACGCUUGCUUGGGAUUAAAUUUGUGACUUAAUUUCAAAGAGUGGAAAGCAUAAAAAGCCGUCUUGCUGACUGUCCGGACCAUGUGAGCUGCGAGGAUUUUACAUCAAACUUAAUGGAUAUACGUUCUCAUCUUACUAUGAUUCAGUUUUGGAGAGUCUGACGCAGCUAAAAUGCUGUUCUUUCACACAAGUAUGAUGGUUUUCCGAAUACUGGUUCUGAUUAUUUUGCAAGGCGUUUUGAUGUCCCACGUGAAAUCCGAGAGCGACCCCAGAAGUGUCCCGGACUCCAAGGUGAUGGGCUCCACGGGAUCCGAGGCUUCAGAGCCGUCUGGGACCUCAAGGUCCAGACAAAAGCGCUGCACCUGUUAUUCCUACACGGACAAAGAGUGCGUCUAUUACUGCCACCUGGACAUCAUCUGGAUUAACACUCCUGAGCGCACUGUGCCUUAUGGUAUGUCUAACUACAGAGGACCAAAGAGAAGGAGACGUGAUGCUGCUGCAGCACCAGCGCCUGAAGGUGGCCGAACUCAGAUACGUCGAUGUAUCUGUGCUGUGACAGAUGCAGACCCUGGGUGUCAACGCUUCUGUCUGUCGAGCCCACAUCAGACUCAACUAUCCAGGAGUCUCCACGGAGUCCCCUGCCUAGGAUGAUGCCACAACAACCAUCCAUCUUCUGCUGUUCCUUCCUAGGUCAAUGGAUCUUUCCACUUCCCUUAAUCUGCUUCCCUUUGACCUCCGUUUGGCUCAGUGACUCCCAGGUAGAAACUGUGAAAAAGAAGUUUGGAGUUGCACACUGCCAACAUUCCUCGGCAUCAAAACUCUUGGAACAAGUUCCAUCAGGCCAACAGAUUUCAAGAAGUCAUCAGGAAAAUUUGAUGCAGACCUCUUGGGGCUAUUCUUACUUUUUGCUACCUUUUUGGGAGAACCCAAAGGAUUGUUUUCACUAUCAACGCAAUAGCAAGUGACCUUGCUUAUGUCAAGCUUAACCAGACCAACUCUUUGGUUUUGGUUUAUUUGCUGUCAACUGUAACUUUCUAAAUGUGUUUUGUCUAGACCAACAUAUAAGCUUAUAAAAGUAUAUGAGAUGGUUUGUUCCACCGAACAGGUCACAAAGCAAUAAAUGUCCACAAAAAUCAAGGAAAGUAGAAACAGGAAAUAAUAGGGUAAGGGCUUGCCAUAAAAAUAGGGAAACAAAGGCUAGAAGUUGGAGCACAAAAGUACUGGACGUACUGUUUUAACUUAAUCUUUUCCAGAUUAUUAAUCAUUGAUAGGAAAGCCACUGACAGCCCAAUUUAUGAGUACACCUUACUUGUAAUGUAUCCUUACUUCCCUUCAGAACUGCUUUGAUUCUUUGCUGCAAAGAUUCCGCAAAAUGUGCCUUGCGUCAAGUAACAAGCCUGAGAUUAUUUUAGAUUUGUGACUCAGGUAGGGUGUGGCGUUUAAAUUUCGCACAGUUGGUACUAAAGAGCCCAAACAGUGCCAGAAAUAUUCCCCACACUAUAACGACACCUGCACUGGUCAGAACUGUUGAUGGCUGGAUGCACUCAUACUUUGCAGAUAUUUAAUCCAAACUCUGACCCUAUCAUCUAAAUGAUGCAUCAACAUUGCUACUUACUGACCCUACAAAACAAUAACAGUUUUGUAGUUUGUUACUGUUCAGUGUUAAGCAUGCGUGAAUGGUAACUUCAGUUUCCGUUCUCUCACCGGAGUGGUUUCUGAUGUGGUCUUCUGCUGCUGUAAUCCACCUACUGCAAGUUUUGAAGAGUUUUACAUUCAAAGAUGACAUUCCUUGGAUGUAGUUGUUAGUAAUUUGGGCAAUAAAGAUUGACAUGAACAGGUAGAGUAGAACUGCAUGAACUGUACUCAAUUGUGACUCAAAUAUAACCAUAAGACACUAAUCUAGCAUUUCUUAAACUCUGACGUGGUGAGCUGGUAUAGAAAAUGGUCAUAUGUGGUAAAUAGUAAAUGGCCUGCAUUUGUACAGUGUUUUAACAAAUCCAGAGGACCCCGAAGCACUUCAUUCAUUCAUUUAUGAAUAAUACCGCCUCUGAUUUUUAUGUAAGACAGUCCUACAUUACAUAGAAAUGUCCAUUGGACAUUAUGCCUUCCAAACUGAUUAUUCUUUGAAAAAUAUGUCAAUAAUUUAUACAGCAGCAAGUGAAAGUGUUUGUCCUCAAACAUUGUGAAAAAAUGGGCAAGUGUAAGGAUUUAACGAUAUUGAACAUGGUUCAGAUUUUUAAAGCAUCUCUAAAACUGCAUGCUUUGGUGUUUCUAGUCUUUAGUGGUCAGUGUUUCUUAAAGUAGUCCAAGAAAGGACAACUGUAGGGUCAUGGUCAACCAAGGCUUACUGAUGCAGGCAUGGAGUGAAAGUUGGCCCGUGUGUUCAGACCUAACAGACACAGCCUACUUUAACUCAAAUAGUUGAAGUUAAUGGUGUUUUUGACACAAAAAUGUCCAAAUACACAAUGCGUUUUAUUACAUAUGUCAUAGCAUACCUGCUGACCAGUGGAAACAAUGUAUUCUCAUAGAUAUAUUUUCUUGUACCAGGACUAGAGAUGGCAACACGUUUGAGGUGUGGACUUGGCCUUAAAAUACCAGACAAUCUAAAUUCAAUCAAGCAUGUUGAUUGAAUUGAGGAGGUCAGGCACCUGUCUACCUUGUUGUUCUGUUUAUGAUCUUCUCUGAAUGGGUGGUACUGAAAUGAAUUUUGUUGUGCUUCUGUGCAAAACCAAUACAAAUCAUUCUGAUUCUGAUUCUGAUGUUUGGGAUGUGCUGGAUAAAUAAGUCCAAAUCACAGCGGCCCCAUCCUUGGAUCUCACAAGACUUAAAGGAUCUGCUAAAAUGUGUUGGUACUAGAUAUCACAGUGCAUCUUCAGCAUUCUUGUGGACUUCAUCCUUCGAUGGAUCAAUGUAUUUUCAGCAGCAAAAGUGGACCAAAAUACUAACAGACACAUGUUAAGCCUUAUGAGUGUUUAGUUUGUCUAUAACUUUGGACAGGACAUGAAAUGCAACACCAAUACUACUACAGAAAUUUUCUAUAGUUAAUUGGAAGGAGCAUCAGCCUUAAAGAAAAAUAACAGUGGACUUGUGAAUGUUGCAUUCUUAAAACUAAAGACAUUGGGAUUAACCCCAUGUUUACAAAAGAAUUCCAGUUUAAUCCCCAAGAAUUUCCACAAGCAGUUAUUUUAUUAUUUUGUAAACUAUGUAUAGCAUGUAUAAUGUGUGUGCAUAACUUGUAUGUACAUUUCAGAUUGCUGUAUUCAUACUUACUAAUACAAUACCACAUAUACCGGGAUAAUGCUAAUUGAAUAAUGAUCAAUGAGCGUGAUUUGCAGAUUCCAGUAAUUUGUCUAGCCAAUUGAACAGUUUUCAUUGUUGGAACAGAUUGUGAGUUAAAGUACAUGAAUUAUCUUACUCUCUUGUUAAAACACAUUGCUACAAUAUUAUUUGUUUUCCUGCAUCUCAUCUUGUAAUAAAGAAUUUAUUUCUUUUUUUUGACAGUCUA